CCUUCACUGCAGGUGUGCAGCUGAGUGUGUAGCUUUUACCAAGUCCGCUGGUAUUAAAAAAAAAGAAAGAAAGAAAGAGAGAGAGAGUUUGGGCUGAUUUGACAAAUGGGCACAGAGAUUGAUGACAUGGACUGUUAUAUUGAAUAAGGUUUCCGCGAUCAUCUGGGAUAAGAGCUUCCAAGUGACCAUGAUGUACAAAACCAGUACAACAAUCAAUCUCCCGAACCACACAGACAUAUGUGCACCACUUUACAAGGAAGAAAACCCACUUCCACUUGUGGUUCUCUACAGCACAGUCCUCAUAUUAGGUCUGCCCGCUAACCUGAUCACAGUCUUCCUCACGUUCCUCGAAGUGUGUCAGAAGAACGUCCUAGGGAUCUACCUCUUCAGCCUGUCAGUGUGUGACCUGAUGUAUCUUGGCACACUUCCACUCUGGGCCAUUUACAUCAACAGAGGUCAUCAGUGGGAGUGGGGCUCUUUGACCUGUAAGUUCACCGGCUAUGUGUUCUUCAACAACAUGUACAUCAGUAUCUUCUUGAUGUGCUGCGUUUCAGCGGACCGUUUUGUCGCGGUGGUCUACGCCGUGGAGUCUCGUGGUCUGAGAAGGAUGAGGCAUGCUGUGAUCAUCAGCGUUAUGAUUGUGGUGGUCGUUGCUGUGGGACACGUGCCGGUUUUCACCAUGGCAGAGGGAGACUCUGAAAAAAUGGAGGAGAAGCGGUGCUUCGAGCCAAGCCUACCCUCUGUCGUAGUGACGGGCUUCAACUACGCCCGCUUCCUCAUCGGUUUCUUCAUCCCGCUGUGCAUUUUAAUAUUCACCAACUUGGCCAUCAUUUCUAAAGUUCAAGCUAGCACAGGUUUGACGCCACAGGCCAAAAUCAAAAUACGUCACCUGGCCUAUGCUGUCAUCUUGUUCUUUCUGGUCUGCUUCAUGCCGUAUCAUGUGAUCCUUUUGAUACGUGCCAUCAAUUUCCACUUUUCCAAUGGGAAAUGUGACUUUGAAAGAAGCAUCUACACACCCUAUACAAUCUCUCUGGGUCUCUCUACCAUCAACAGUGCCAUAAACCCUGUUUUCUAUGUGCUUAGCAGCAACAGUGCUCAUACGAGGAUCCACGAAGGCCUGCGAAGGUUACGCAGAAGCUCGAGAUCUCCUUCUUUUGCAUGAUUUCUUUCAUUUUCUAAACUGGGACUUAUUUUCCUUUUUCUGUAGCCUGUACAACACUUAAAUGAAAUAGGAAAUGUUUCUGUUAUACUUGUUUAAUCUUCCAAACAUUUGGAAAGCAUUACAGGAACCAUAUUUUCUAAAUGCAUGUUAUUGUGCUUAUGUAUAUUUCCUUGUAAUUUUUAAUCAAAAUGGCAUUAUCUUCUAGUGAAACCAAUUUUGUGACAUAUGGCGGAUUUAUUCAUAACGCCCCUUUUUACUACUGGUUGACUGAUAUUGUUUUUUUAUUAUUAUUAUUUGGACUGCCGAUAUCUAGGAAAGCAGGGGGGGGCGAUAGCAGAUAUAAUUUAUUUUUUUAUUAUUAUUAAUAUUUAAGAAAUUUGAAAUCAUUUGACAAUGGUUUAAAAUUUUUUUUUUAAAUAAACCAACUUUAGAUGAAAAAGUAUUUUUUUCACAAAUAAAUAUUUAAUAAAAAUAUAAUUGAAAAGUAAACAUUGUAACCAAAAGGGCACUCAGUUUUCUGGGAAGAUGGUGUGCGUUUGAGGAUCAUAUAUUUUUUAAUAAAGCCAGGGUAACCCUCAUUUUACAUACAGCACACAGUGAAAAUGACAUGAAUAUGACAGUGGCCAAAUGCAUAAAGUGCAGCACUAUUUGAAAUCAUGAGUUUAAAGUUUAAAGCAUUCAAUUCAGAUGGAACGACCGUCAUGCAGAGAACACGCGAUCAUGAUGGAUAAAAAUGCACAUGUCACAAGAUCUCACAGCUGGAUUCGACUAAAUUUGCAAGGUUUGUGAAAUUAAAGUUCCAUUAGUCAUUCAAAGAUUUGUUUAAAUGAUGUAAAUGCAUAUUUGCUCAAUGCUGACGCCAAACGAGAAAGUAUAAUAAUGUUUGCCUUUCUAUUCCUGAUAAUAUAAAAGCAAUUGUUAUGAUACUUUUUGUAUACAAUAUGUUUUUUCUGUUUGUUUUUUUACAUGAAACAGGAAAUUACAUAACAGAAAAAGACCCUCAUGUGUUAAGAUCUCUUGAAAUGUAAGUUAAUUGGAUCUUUUUAUUGAAGUGUAAAAUGUAAUGUGGUGCAACUUAAACUAUUUAUUAGCUACUUAAUGGAAUAAAUGCAUGCCAUUUCUUUAUUAAAUUAAUAAAUACACAACUUUUUUUUUGGUGGAAAUAAUGAAAAUAGGGAAAACAUUUUUAGAGAUUCAUUCUUAUUCAUUACAUAAGAAAGUACAGAGCUUUGUUAAAAUAUCAAAUUAAACGGUCAUAAUACAAACAAAAAAUUUACGAAAACAAGAAACAUUUUAAAAUAAAUUGUAUUUAUUUAUAUUUAAUUUUUUUUCAGGAGUACUAUUUGCUAUUUUAUAUUAUAUCUUAGCAAAGUCCAUGUGUGAAAUCAGGAGACGUUUUUGAGUUUGAUGUGAAAUUGAUGCAAGAAGCCACAAAAACGUAUAGAGGAAAUGGUUAGAGGCUAAACGAGGUGUGAAAACGGUUGUUUUUCUGCUUGCAGUUGACAGUCUAUACAAGUUCAUAUAUUGUGCCUGCAUUAAGACACGUAGUUACAUACACAUGUGCUUGAUAUAGGAUUAUUAUUAUUAUUAAUAUUAUUAUCAUUAUCAUUUAAAGGGUAAGUUCACUGAUUUUAAACCAGCUUUUUAUUGUUACAAUGUUGGUACACAUAAAUGUACAAUGUGUUACCUUUUGCAUUUCUGUACCUCUACUCACCACUACCCACAGACAGCAAUAUGAGUGUUGAAGAUUUUUCAUUUUUGGCCACAACCAUUUUCUCUGUUUUCUCUAGGAAUGCAACACUGAUUAAAAAAAAAUAAAAUAAAAAUAAAAAACUACUUAGUAACCUUUUAUAGAAAUUCCAUCUGUUACCAUUAAAUUAAAUCUUAUUAUUAGAAUUUUAUGCAGCUGGGAAAUGAGAAAUGAAACCAUGACCUUGCCAUUGUUAGCUCAUACAGAUAAAAAAGUAAAGUAUGAACAUAAGCAGUUCUCUCUGAAUAGAUCUUAGAGCUUAAAAUGUUUAGUUGUGGUGAGGACUUUGAGCAUGAGAACGGAUGCUAAAAUGUGUUUGUAACUUGAACUUUCCAUGACCUUAAAUGGUGAACUUCCUGUAUGCUAGGUCGUAAUAAAAUGUAGAAUAGUUCUGUUUUUAGUUUGAACGUGCUCACACUAAAUGACAGGAAGUUUGACAGACUCAACAUUUGUUCACAUAACCCAAGACUGACAUAUAAAGAUAUAUAUGUACCAAUCUUUACAUUUUUAAGUCAAGCUGAAGGUGUCUAGCAAACUAAAUCAUGCGAAAUAAAAUUACUAAUUUGCAGACAAAUUAUGUUGAUAUAAUUAAAUGGUCUUGAUAUCAAAUUAACCCCUUAAAUUGCCUUAUAAGAUUACUUUACA